GUGGCCCCAGAUUACCCUGUCAUGUGGUAGUCGUUUUCGGCUCCAAAGCAACACACACACCAGAAUGCACAACGAACCGCCGACAGACAUGGAGUACAAGAAGGUCCGCUUAAAACGGAACCCCCACCGAAAGACCCCUAGUGUCGUAAGCAGCCACCUUUAUCAAGUCAUCCAAGUCAUAAUACUCACCACACUUGUGGGUUCGGUCUCCUCCAAUCGCCCGCCGCGGUUCGCAAUCGAUGGGCAGUCCGAGAUUGUUUUGCGCCUAAAGGAGAGUCCUGAAACGAAAGUCGGAACCUUAAUCUACACGUUAAAAGGCUAUGACCCGGAGAACGAUCCGCUAACCUUCGGGAAGCGAAACUCCCAUGACAGCGAAAUAAUUCGCAUAGAAAAUACAGGAGGCAACGAAGCCAAGAUAUAUUUGGCCAAGGAACUGGAUCGGGAGGUGCAGGACGAGUAUGCCAUAGUACUGACACUGACCGACAGCCACUACAGUGACCAAAACUAUGUGACGCAGAGCUUCCUGCUCCUGGUGGAGGACAUCAACGACAAUGUUCCGACAUUCCUGCCCUACCAAAAUGCCAUCGAAAUCGCGGAGGGAAGCCCGCCAGGAGUGGUCACCACUUUGGAGGCCACGGACGAGGAUGAGGGAGCCUAUGGGCAGGUUGUGUAUUACCUGCAGGAGCUGGAUGGCGACAAUGAGGUCUUCUCCAUAGCCACAAACCAGGGAAAGGGGGUAUUGAGGCUGGAAAAGGAGCUCGAUUACGAAAGGAAGAGCCUCUACCAACUAAGGAUUCUGGCCAUCGAUCGGGCCAACCAAGGUCCAGUCAACACAGGAACGGCCGCUAUCCUUGUAAAGGUGAAGGAUCUGGAGGACCAGCCGCCCGAGUUCGUAGAGGUUCAGGCAGUGGCCAGGAUAGCAGAGGAUGCCCCAGUCGGCACAAGGGUACUCAGAGUCAGGGCUAUCGACGGAGAUCGGGGAAUCAACAAUCCUAUAGCCUACGCCCUGGAGGCCAAUGACCUUUUCGACAUUAAUCCACACACGGGCAUAGUGUACACUCUGACCGAACUGGAUCGCGAGGAGCAGAGCGACCAGGUCAACGGAGCCCACAUCCUGCGGAUCACGGCCACUGAGCUCUCGAAGACCAACUCCCAGGUAGCCUCCAUGUCAGUCCGGACCGAGGUUACCAUCAUUGUGAGCGAUGUAAACGAUGAAAUCCCCACUUUCGGGGAGACUAUGUACCGCUGCGAAGUCAACGAGAACGCUCAGACGAAUACUCCAUUGAACUUUAUGGACCAGGACGUCCAGAACGUAGUCUUCGAUCACGACGAAGGAAACAAUGGAACUUUCCGGCUGUUCCUCGAUCCGCCAAAUGACCUUUUCGAAAUUGUGCCUGAACUGGCGGUGAAUGAGGCGAACUUUAUGCUGAGGGUCAAGAACUCCAAGUCGCUGGAUUUUGAGAAGUUCACUGAGGUUAACUUCACGAUAUUCGCCAGGGAGAUCGACGAGCCCAGUAGAUGGAGCUCCGCUCACAUUCAAAUAUUUAUUCGCGACCAGAACGACAACUUUCCCGAAUUCAGCCAGAGCAUCUACAAUGCCAGCGUCCUGGAGAACAGCGAACAGGGAACGAUGAUUGCUCAGGUGCAGGCGGUGGACGUGGACUCGGGCGACUUUGGCACCACGGGGAUAAGGUACACCAACCUCAGAGGUGGCAUAGCGCACUUACUCCACCUGAACCCCAUUACGGGUAUAAUUACGAUCAGAGAGCCGGGCGGAUCUGCAUUUGACCGGGAGAUCGUCUCCCGACACUACCUCACAGUGGAGGCCAUCGAUAGCGUCGGCCAAGGAAAUAGGAACACGGCCCAGAUAAUAAUUGACAUCCAGGACGUGAACGACAAUGCACCCACUUUCCCGCAAAGGCAGUACGAAACCAAGCUGCUCGAAAACCAGCCCGAGUUCGAGACUCCCCUCCAGCUGGAGGCCAGGGACGCGGAUCUCAACGGCACGGAGAACAGCCAGGUGACCUACGAGAUAGUGGAAGGCAUGUAUCGAGCCAACUUCACCAUUGAUCCCCAGAGCGGGUUGUUGCGACCGCUCCACCGCUUUGAUUUCGAAGAUCUGGUCGAGAACAGCUCUCAAAGGGGAGCCACACCCCAGGCAGGGGGCAUCUCAUCCAGCAUCAGGGAGAUCGAUCUGUUGAUACGAGCCCGCGACUCGGGAAUACCGAUGCUGUCCACUGUGGUUCCUGUGCUGAUUUAUGUACAGGAUGUGAACGACAAUCCCCCGAUAUUCCAGCGCAGCUUCUAUGCGAAAACGGUGCCUGAGGACCUUCCUGGGGGCAGCUCAGUGCUCCAGGUCACAGCCGUGGAUAGGGAUGGAUCCGCCCCCAACAAUGCGGUGGUAUAUCGUAUCCAGACGGGUGCUAGUGACAAGUUUAUAAUAAACUCGGAAACGGGCGUAAUUUCGGUGGCACAGGGCGCGAAUCUGGAUCCCGACUUGACCGACAACAAAAGGACGCUCUAUAUUUUGACGGUGCUUGCUCUGGAUGGCGGCUUGGGCAACUCCCAGUUGAUGACCACCGCCACCGUGAAUAUCACCAUACAGGAUGUGAACAACAAGCCGCCGGUGCUUGGAGAGAUGCCCACCCUAAAGGUCCUGGAGAACACUGUGGUGGGGACGCAGGUGUACCGCCUUCACGCCACAGACCCGGAUCAAAACUCCAUACUGAGGUAUAAACUGAACCCGGAUCACUGCGAGGCCCGCAAUGAGGAGGGGGCUCUGGUAAAGAAUAGCGAGUACGACUUCCUGGGUGCCUUUGACGUGGACGCCAUCGAAGGAACUCUCAAGGUGAUCAAAGUACUUGAUCGGGAGAGGGUGGAGCACAUCAAGCUGGCCGUAAUAGUGGAGGAUUUGGCAGCCGCAAAGGGCAGGCAGAUGACAGAAGGAUUCCUCACCAUCCAUGUCUUGGACGAGAACGAUAACAACCCCAAGUUCAGGCAACCGUUCUACCGACAAUCCAUCACCGAGAACAGCAUCAAUGGGGCCAUGAUCGUAAAUGUUUUGGCCUCCGACGUGGACAAGAACCGCACCAUUACCUACGCCCUUGAGGGGAAUCCGAUCUACCGAUCCCUGAUGCAUUUAGAUCCCCAAACGGGGGAGAUCGUGGUCGCCAGUAAGAUCGACCACGAGCAGCACCAAUGGCUGAACUUUAGUGUCCGCGCCACCGACUCGGGUCUGCCCCCGCGUUCCUCUCUAGUGGACGUUUAUGUGACGGUUCUGGAUGAGAACGACAACAACCCGUACUUUGUGGGAGGCGCCAAGAACUACACCAUCAGCGAGAAUGCCCCACCGGGCACGAGGAUUGCCACCUUGCAGGCAGCGGACGCAGACUCGGGAGACUUUGGCAAGAUUACCUUCCUAAUGGAUAGGAUCAGUUCUCAGGGAAAGUUCACGAUAGAUGCGGACACGGGGGUGCUGGCGGUGGCCGAUCGUCUGGACAGGGAAUCCAAGGACUCCUACAACCUAGUCAUCGAGGCCUGGGACAACUACCAGUUUGGUUUCCUGGCUGGCGAGAGCCGCAACGCCUUCAAGCAGGUUUUCAUCUCCGUCCUUGACGAGAACGACAAUCCCCCGGAGGUGAGUCUGCCCGGCAGCUGUGUCCUCAUUACGGAGUACCAUGAGUUGCAUGAACGAGUGGCGAGCAUAUCGGGCAAAGAUGCAGACGAUCCCACCACGCCCAAUGGACGUUUGGAUUUUUCCAUCUCGCAAGGAAACAAGGAUGGCACUUUUGAGCUGCGGCAGGUGGACCCCUGGAACGCGUACAUCUUCGCCAGCCAAAGCCUCCGCAACCGAUAUGGAAACUACAGUCUCACCAUAACCACCCGGGACCUGGGCACGCCACCCAACAUUGUGCACAGCACUCUGGACAUAUGCGUGUCGGACUUCAAUGACCACGCUCCGGUUUUCGUGAGGCCCCUGCACAACACCACAGUCCGGAUUCCGGAAAACGCCACUGUGGGGACCUUGAUACUACAAGCUUAUGCCAGCGAUGCAGACAUGGGCCAAAAUGCCCUGGUCAGAUACCGCCUAAAGCCCGAUCCUUUGGGCAGCUACAAAAUGUUUCAGGUCAAUCCCGACACCGGCGAGCUAUUCCUUAGGGAACCUCUCAACCGAGAAAAGCAAAAGAUUCAUGAGAUCCGUAUAGAGGCCUAUGAUCAGGGGUUGCCUACCUCCUUGAGCUCCGAUCUGGAUCUCAGCAUCUACGUUCGCAAUGUUAACGACUACGAACCGCAGUUUAUUGUCAACGAGAUAUCCGUGAACUUUACGGAGCACUCGGAUCCAGGGGCGGAGAGAAUAAAGCUUCCGGACACCAUAGACAAGGAUCAGCUGGAUCUGGAUGACCCGAACGAAGCACCCAGCCAGGUGUGUUACUUCAUAGUAAGUGGCAACGAAGCUGGCUACUUCCAGCUGGAUCCCGAUACCCACGUCUUGAGUGUCAGUCGCGAGUUGGAUCGCGAGGUGGUGGGAAAUUUUACUCUUUACGUGAAAGCGACGGAAAACUGUGGAAAUGAUUCGCUAACCGCUGGAGAGAAACGCCGCCACAUGGGCAUAGAGAUCAGCAGCCGAUUGGGAGGCCACCUGCAUCACCAGCCAAGUGAAAUCGAUCGCUUCAAGCUCUCCCGGCAACUGAGAUCCGCUGAGAGCGGCGAGUACCAACUAGAGGAGGAUCGGGAUGGAGAUUUGGUGUCCUAUGAAAGCUACGAUGGCAGCCAGGAGGAGCGUUUUCAAGAGCCUAACCCUGAAAAGGACAGCACCGUUGUGAAGGUUAAAGUGAGGGUUUUGGAUAUCAACGAUAACCCGCCGCGUUUCCGGUCGAAAAUCUUCACCGGCGGCAUCACCACGAAUGCGGAUUUCGGCCUGAAAUUCAUGCGCGUCGAGGCCACGGAUGCGGACGAAGGAAAGAAUGCCAAGAUUGGGUACUACCAGGUGGGGGAAAUCCGUCAGACUCUAUCGGAGGGUCUGGAGAACGUCAAGAAGGCGCCCUUUCUCCUCGAUCCGGAGACUGGAGAAGUGCAACUCAACUUCGACCCACAGAAGGGCAUGAAAGGCUACUUUGACUUCAUGGUACUGGCCAAUGACACUCUGGGCAUGAGGGAUGUGGCCCACGUAUUUAUCUAUUUGCUCAGGGAGGAUCAGAAGGUGCGAUUCGUGUUCCGACUGCAGCCGGAUGAACUUCGAUCCCGGGUUGAUACCUUCAGAGACACAUUGGGAAACAUUACCGAGUCCAUUGUCAACAUUGACGAGAUCAAGGUGCACGAGAACAAAGACGGAUCGGUGGACAAGACGAAGACGGACCUGUACAUGCACCUUGUCGAGCGCGAGGACAACUCCAUCUACGAGGUCUCCGAGGUGCUGAAGCUGAUAGACUCGCACAUCGAGAGCCUGGACGGGCUGUUCAAGGACCUCAACGUGCUGGACACGCAGCCAGCGGAGGCGCAGCUUCUUACUGCGGGUCCUGUGCGCGGCCCACUAUUCGUAUGGCUGGUCUUCACCAACAUGUUUCUGGCCACUCUCUUGGUGGUCACUCUGGCUCUGUGCGCCUCCCAACGAAACGGCUACCGCAGGCAGCUGAGGGCCGCCAAAGUGAACAUAUUCCGAGGACACUCAUCGCUGUCCUUGCACCACACCCAAGAGCCAGCCACCCGCGUACCAAAUACCAACAAGCACAGCGUCCAAGGAUCAAAUCCCAUUUGGCUCAAGGGCUACGAGAACGAGUGGUUUAAAACGGAGGAGAGCGGCAGCAUUGGAGGGCAGGACUCUCUAGACGAUAACUUUCUGGCGGUCGCCACACAGGACAUGCAGGAAACCCUGAAAGGAACUGCCAAGCUCUUCGGCAACGGCAACGACUUAAACCGGACCUUUAAUCUCUAUAACCAAAUCGACAAGCUGACAAAUAACGCUCAGAUUCUAGCCAGGAAACUGGAAACUACAGAGUUAUAGCACCGAACAGUCUAUUCUAUUUAUUGUACCUCCUAAUGUUAGUCUAAGCUCAGGCUAGGUCUUUAUUCUAAACCGCAGUGUAAAUAUAUGAUAGUGUAUGAGGUAGAAUUUUAGCGUUUAAUAAAAUUACC